GUCCCACCAGAAGCUGAGAAGAGGCACUUUUCAGACUACCUUCUGCGGAACUAGUACUGAUUACAUCGUGCGUUAUCUCCUCAACUAACCAACCUGAGAGCUUGUGUUUUAGCUCUCCUCUGAUAGUUCAUGGGCUGUAAGAUUCUUAUCUGAAGUUGUCUUUUCUUGUCCGGGAUCAAUCAAAUCGAUCUGGAGUCGUUCGUCAUUUAUUGUGGCUUCAGUCUUUUCAAGAAACAACAAAAAAGUUAUUCAAGACGUGUGCUUUUGUUUUAAUACUUUUGGUUAAGUUCAUGUAAAGCAUAUUGGGCAUCCGUGUUUGGGGUUUGAAAAUACGGUGUUGCAAAAUGGACUUAAACUGCAACUAACUCGGGAUACUUUUGCAGUGACCCAAGUAUAAAGAAUAACUGAAAGACUUGUUUUCCCGUACUUUUUUGGAUAAAGAUCAAUCAUGGAAGAGGGGCAACAGAACCGCGUCCUUCACAUCACCAAAGAGUCGGACCGCGAGCAACGCUUGAGGCUCUGUGUUUUACAUGAAAUCUUGAACACCGAGAGGGAUUACGUUCGGGUAUUGCUUUUCCUUCAGUCGGCCUUUUUGCACAGAAUCCGACAAACUGCAGAGGAGCAACAGUGUCUGUCACCUGAGCAUGUCAAGACCCUGUUUUCCAACAUCGAGUCCAUCCUGGACGUUCACAAAGAGGUUCUGUCUGCAGUGGAGGCCAGCCUGCAGCCGGAGCCGCAGCCUGGGCACAGCCUUGGACACGUCUUCAUCCAGUUUAAGGGGCGGUUCUCUGUGUAUGGGGAGUACUGCAGUAACAACGAGAAGGCCCUGCGGCUGCUGAUGGAGCUCAACAAGAUCCCCGAAAUCAGGACCUUCCUCCUGCACUGUAUGCUGUUGGGAGGGAAGAAGAGCACAGACAUUCCCCUGGAGGGGCACCUGCUAUCACCCAUUCAGAGAAUCUGCAAGUACCCCCUCUUACUGAAGGAGCUGCUGAAGCGGACACCCAAGAAGCACUCGGACUACCCUGCGGUGGAGGAGGCCCUGCAGGCCAUGAAGGCAGUGUGCUCCAACAUCAAUGAGACCAAGAGGCAGAUGGAGAAAUUGGAGGCCCUGGAGCAGCUACAGUCGCACAUCGAGGGCUGGGAGGGCACCAAUCUGACUGACAUCUGCACCGAGCUGCUGCUCCACGGCAACCUGCUCAAGAUCUCCGCCGGCAACAUCCAAGAGAGAGUCUUCUUCCUGUUUGACAACCUCCUGGUCUACUGCAAGAGGAAGUCCAGGGUAACUGGGAAGAAAUCCACAAAGAGGACCAAGUCCAUCAAUGGCCCCCUGUACGUGUUCAGAGGAAGAAUCAACACAGAGGUGAUGGAAGUGGAAAACGUUGAGGAUGGAACAGCUGACUACCACAGCAACAACUACACAGUGACCAACGGCUGGAAGAUCCACAACACGGCCAAGAACAAGUGGUUCGUCUGCAUGGCCAAGAACGCAGAGGACAAGCAGAAGUGGCUCGACGCCAUCUUGAGGGAACGAGAGCAGAGAGAGAGUCUGAAGCUUGGGAUGGAGCGGGAUGCCUACGUUAUGAUUGCCAAGAAAGGCGAGAAGCUUUACCAUAUGAUGAUGACCAAGAGCCGCCACCUGAUCAAGGACCGGCGCCGAAAGCUGACUACCGUGCCCAAGUGCUUCAUGGGAAAUGAGUUUGUGUCGUGGCUGAUGGAGAGUGGAGAGAUCAGCACGCCAGACGAGGGGGUCAACUUGGGUCAAGCUCUGCUGGAGAACGGAAUCAUCCACCAUGUGUCAGACAAGCACCAGUUCAAGAACGAGCCAGUGUUUUACCGUUUCCGCUACGAUGACGGCACCUACAAGGCCAGGAGCGAGAUGGAGGACAUCAUGUCAAAGGGCGUGAGGCUUUACUGUCGUCUGCACAGCCUGUAUACCCCUGUCGCCAAGGAUAGAGACUACCAUUUAAAAACCUUCAAGUCUGUGUUGCCUGCCAGCAAACUUGUGGACUGGCUCUUGUCACAGGGUGAUUGUUCCACACGUGAGGAAGCGGUGACAAUGGGGGUCGGACUGUGCAACAACGGCUUCAUGCACCAUGUUCUGGAGAAGACAGAGUUCAAAGACGAGUCGCAGUUCUUUCGUUUCUACGCCGACGAGGAGAUGGAGGGUACCAACUCCAAGAGCAAGCAGCUGCAGCGCAACGACUUUAAGCUCAUCGAGAACAUCCUGGUCAAGUCCCUAGUGGUCCACCCGGAGGAAGAAGACUACGGCUUUGAGAUUGAGGAGAAGAACAAGGCCAUCGUGGUGAGGUCUGUCACCAGGGGCUCUCACGCUGAGAUGGCGGGGCUGCAGGAGGGCAGGAAGAUCUUCACCAUCAAUGAGGACCUGGUGUUUCUCAGGCCCUUCCAGGAGGUGGAGACCAUGAUCAGCCAGGCCUUCUGCGUCCGCCGCUCCUUACGCCUGCUGGUCAACACCAAGGCCAAGGAGAUUGUGAAGAUUCCAGACACUCCCUAUGCCCUGUCCUUCAAACUCAGUGGCUCUGCCCCACCUCAUGUACAUGCAGUAAGGAAAGGGUCGGAGGCGGCGGUGGCAGGCCUCCAGCCAGGUCAGUGCAUCCUGAAGGUGAAUGGCAACAACAUGAACCAUAGCGACUACCAGGAGGUCCUGGAGCACUUCACCUCCCACCACGACCAGCAGGAUCAGCCCGACAUGUGUCAGUGGGUGUACCGUGCGUUUGAGGACGUGGAGGAGGAGGGGGGCUUGUUCAAGGCCUGCACAGAAGAGAAAUGCUCAGACAUAGAUGAGGAGCACGGCAGGAACGGAACAGCUGUGUACAUGAAAGUAGGUCCAGACGACAGGGGGGGCCUGAGCCAGCUGUCUCUGUCUGAUGACACGGUGCCCCUGGUGAGCAUGACGGUGGACAACGUGCACCUGGAGCACGGUGUGGUGUACGAGUAUGUCAGUACAGCCGGCAUCAAGUGCCACGUCCUGGAGAAGAUGGUGGAGCCCAAGGGCUGCUUCAGCCUUACUGCGAAGAUCCUGGAGGCCUUUGCAAGAGACGACAGUCAUUUUGUGCGUAACUGCAGCCAGCUGAUCUCGCAGAGUGACCGCGUGAUGUCCAUGCCCCAAUUUGAGUUCAGGAACAUCUGUGAUACCAAGCUGGAGGGCAUCCGCCGGCGAAUCAGCAGAUACCAGCAGUUUGCCCAGGAGCUGAGGAGAAAGGCGUGCCCCACAUUCAAGCAGGCAGGCGUACUGACCCACCCACUGGGCUGCAUGGACUUUGUGCCCACCAACUGUCACAUAAACCUGAUGCAGGUGUCCCACCCCAAGACCACCAUGGUGUCCAGCAGGGCCUUCAGCUUCCGCUUCGGACGCAAGAACUCCUUCUACGGCCUGGACCCCAACCAAGCUAACCUGUCUCGCAUGUCUCACACCCAACACUGUGUGACUAGCAUGGGUGCCCCAUCUUACAGCUGCAGUGGUCUCGGGGAGGAGGGGGGUGGUGAGGAGGACAUCGAGGGCUCUGGAGAGGGCAUCCCAGACAGGAUGCAGCAGGCCAACCGGGAGAAUGGCCUCAGCUUCCUGCUCAAACAGGAGGACAUGGAGAUCCAGGAAGCCUACAUCCACCUCUACAACCGCCUGAACAUCGCCGUGCAAGAGAUGAGGCAGUACGUCACCCAGAUAGAAGUCCUCCUUUUGUCCAUCACGGAGCCCACCCAGCCGCAGGGCAGCGAGUCCUCAGCCUACGAGGCCAUUCAGCCCCCUUCCGUGACCCCCGAAGAGGGGGACCAGGAAAAGGCGGAGCACGGGGGCAUCAAGAGGGUCUGCUUCAUGGUGACGGAAGAGGACCAAGAGGACUCGGGCCAAGACACCAUGAGCUACAGGGACUCCUACAGUGAAUGUAACAGUAACCGGGAUUCCGUCUUGUCAUACACAAGUGUACGUAGCAACAGCUCUUACCUGGGGAGUGAUGAGAUGGGUUCAGGUGAUGAGCUGCCCUGUGACAUGAGCAUUCCCUCUGACAAGCAGGACAAGCUGCACGGCUGUUUGGAGCACCUUUUCAACCAGGUGGACUCCAUCAACAGCCUGCUCAAAGGGCCCGUCAUGACCAAGGCCUGCGAGGAGACCAAGCACUUUCACCCGGACCACACUAAGCCAGAGUUCCGUCACACUGAAGACUGGAUGGUGCACUGUCACAUCAUCCACAAGAACAUCCAGGAGGACCCUUGGAACCUGCCCAGCUCAAUUAAGACACUGGUGGAGAGCCUGCAACGAUUUGUGGAUGAUGGGAAGAACCAGGUGCUUCUGGCUCUGCUCAAAUGUACAGACACGGCUCUGCAGCUGCAGCGGGACGUGAUCUUCUGCCAGAGUGCGGUGAGCGCUGUGUGCACACUGGCCGAGCAGCUCCUGGCGGCGCUGCAGGCGCACUUCAACAACGCUGGCGAGUACGAGGAAGACUGCAAGGACACGAGCCGUAAGUGGCUGGAGCAGGCGGCCGCCAUCGGCGUGCUGCUCAACUUCCAGGCAACGCUGGCGCCCCACGUGAAGGAGGAGAGGACAAUGCUGGAGGAUACCCAGGCAGCCCUGUUGGACCUGGACAAAGUCACAGUGUUCUUCCGCCAGCUGGAAGAUGAAUGCCUGGUUGUAAACACGCCGGUGUGUUACCACGUGGAGGGCACCCGGCAUGCCCUGAGGGUCACCAUGUACCUGGACAGCUGCCACUUCAGUGAGCUCCCCACGCGCCUGCAGAAUGGGGGCAGCCUCAAACUGCACACUGUACUCUUCACCAGUGCCCUGGAGAGGCCAGAGGGAGUGUCCGAGCUGGACUACGUGUCCAUAGAAGAGUUCCAGCAACGCACCAACGCCGUCGCACUGGAAAGGGUCAAAGCCUACUACCGAAAACUCAGAGCUUUUUACCUGGAGAAGUCAAAUCUUCCCACCGACUCCAACACCACAGCUAAGAAGAUAGACCAGCUCCUCAGACCCCUCAACACUCUGGACGACCUGUGUCGUCUGAUGCAGUCAUAUGUCAACGUGCAUCCCAAUGCCGCAGGCCACCCCUCUGGCGUCAGUGUCCUGUGUGUGUCCUCCGAGCUGUGCAACCGCCUGGGCGCCUGCCAUAUCACCAUGUGUGCUACUGGCAUGCAAAGGUGCACCCUGAGUGUGACCCUUGAUCAGGCUAUGAUCCUGGCGCGGAACCACGGCCUCAUGCCCCGCUGCAUCAUGCAGACCAUGGACAUCAUGCGCAAACAGGGCACCAGGGUAGAGAUCUCGGCUAAAAACCUCAAAGUGAUGGACCAGAUGCCGCCCGCAGCCCCAAGGCUCUUCAAGUUGUGUCUGCCACCCGAAGACGGAGAUCUAUAAGAGACUAAGCAUCGCUGUGUUUUUAUUCCGCUCUGCUCAUUUAUUUAGCCAAGAUGGUCCACUCAGUAACAAUUGUCAGUGUUUUCCAUGGAGUCCUGGGUUCCAUAGAAUCAAUAAAAACAUAUGCAGCAUACCCAUUGGCAUACAUACAAAAGCACAUCAAAAAUCACAGCAUGCACAGCGCACAUUACAGCUAUGUGUACUGCUCUUUUGAAGGCGGACAUGCUAGCUAGCUGUCGUGUGGAUCAGUCAAGCUUGUUCCAGAGCAAUGGUCCAAAGAACGGCAGACUUCCUUGAAAGGCCAUAUUUUUCGCUAAUGGUUGUGCCAGUAGAUGCGGGUCCCAUUGAUCAUAGGCUUUGACUGCUGCUCUGGUGUGCCCCCGGAGGACGGGUGGAGACUCCCACCUGAACAGGUCUGACAUGUAUUCAGGCAGUCUGUGCUGGGGUGUUGUAAUGGAUCAUGAGUGUCAGUGGUUCGAUUGCAGCUUUUUACAGAAGAAACUCUGUUUUUACGUGUUCCCUCUGUGAAUACCCGGUCAUGAUACCAGCAGCCCUGUUGAUGAUACGCUGUAGCCGGUUAAGACCUGUCUUAUUGUCCUGAUGUAGGGUGGGAAGCGAUACUGUGGCACAGUAGUCCAGGUGAGUUGUUAUGGUACAUUUUCAGAAUGAUGUCCUUGGAAACAAAGUCCCUUGCUCUUUUUAGCCCAGACAGUAGUUUACCUGUGACCAGGCUGGUGUGUUCAGUCCAGUGUAGGUGUCGGUCCAACUUCAUCCCCAGAUACUUUAUGGAGUUUACAAGUUCAUAAGUGUUUUGUACAUCUAUUAUUGUGGUACUUUUGCCUGUGUAUCUCAGCUUUUGUGGGUUGCCACACAGCAUUGCCUUGGUUUUCUGAGGGUGUAGGGAGAGCUUGUUGUUAGCAAACCAAGCUGCUGCCCUCUUGAUGUCGUUUGACACUGACUCCUCACUCUCCCUUGUGGUAUUUGCUGAAUAGUAAAGGACAGUGUAAUCUGCAUAUACAGUACAUUCUGAAAGUAUUCAGACCCCUUGGCCUUAUUCAAAAAUGGAUUAAAUAUGUUUUGCCUCAUCAAUCUACAUACCCCAUAAUGAAAAAGCAAACAUUUUUUUAGACAUGUUUGAAAAUGUAUAAAAAAUAAAAAACAUACCUUAUUGACAUAAGUAUUCAGACACUUUGCUAUGAGACUCAAAAUUGAGCCCAGGUGCAUCCUGUUUCCAUUGACCAUCCUUGAGAUGUUUUCUAUAACUUGAUUGGAGUCCACCUGUGGUAAGUUCAAUUAAUUGGACAUGAUUUGGAAAGCCACACACCUGCCUAUAAGAAGGUCGCACAGUUGACAGUGCAUGUCAGAGCAAAAACCAAGCCAUGAGGUCAAAGGAAUUGUCCAUAGAUCUCAAAGACAGGGUUGGGUUGGCACAGAUCUGAGAAAAGAGCAAGAUGGUGCUGACAGAUGGUCCCCUCCUUGUCCUUAGGAAACUAUGCAGUAAUUCGUUUAUGUAUUAUUUCUUACAUUGUUAGCCCAGAAAAUCUUAAGUGUUAUUACAUACAGCUGGGAAGAACUAUUGGAUAUAAGAGAGACGUCAACUUGCCAACAUUACGACCAGGAAUACGACUUUCCCGAAGUAGAUCCUUUGUUUGGACCUCUACCCUGGACAUUGGUUCUAAUCCCACAGGCCGACCCAAAACAACGUCAUCGCCGCAGGAGAGGCAGACAGAGCGGGCUCCUGGUCAGACUUAAAAGGUGAGCACAUCAUCCACCGUUUCCGAGCGUAUUACUCUGACCUAGAAUUCCUUACAAUGAAAAGCCGACCCCAUUAUCUUCCAAGAGAAUUCUCUUUGAUUAUAGUCUUUGAUUAUAGUCUCCCCCCAAGCAGAUACCUCGACAGCCCUGAAAGAACUUCAUUGGACUCUAUGUAAACUGGAAACCAUAUAUACUACGGCUGCAUUUAUUGUAGCUGGGAAUUUUAACAAAGCUAAUUUGAGAAGGUUACCGAAAUUCUACCAGAACAUUGAUUGUUGCAGCUCCUCGAGCAAAACAUUGGACCACUGCUACUCUAACUUCCGCGAUGCAUACAAGGCCCUACCCCGCUCUCCAUUUGGCAAAUCUGACCAUGACUCCAUCUUGUUGCUCCCCUCUUAUUGGCAGAAACUAAAGCAGGUCGCGUCCGUGCUUAGGUCUGUCUAUCCAACGCUGGUCUAACCAAUCAGAUUCCAUGCUUCAAGAUUGCUUUGAUCACGUGGAAUGGGAUAUGUUCCGGGUAGCCUCAGACAAUAACAUCAACGUAUAGGCUGACUCGGUGAGUGAGUUUAUAAAGAAGUGCAUUGGAGGUGUUGUACCCACUGUGACUAUUAAAACCUACCCUAACUGUGGAUGGAUGGCGUCAUUCGCACAAAACUGAAAGCGCAAACCACCGCAUUUAACCAUGAAAAGAGGUCUGGGAAUAUGGCUGAAUAUAAACAGUGUAGUUAUUCCCUCGGCAAGGCAAUCCAACAAGCGAAAUGCCGGGACAAGGUGGAGUCGCAAUUAAACGGCUCAGACACAAGACGUAUGUAGCUCCCUAAGACCAUGGGCUCUCAUUCAACGUGGCCGAUGGAAGGAAAACAUUUAAACGUGUUAACCCUCGCAAGGCUGCCAGCCCAGACGGCAUCCCUAGCCACGUCCUCAGAGCAUGCGCAGACCAGCUGGCUGGUGUGUUUUUGAACAUAUUCAAUCAUUCCCUAUCCCAGUCUGCUGUCCCCACAUGCUUCAAGAUGGCCACCGUUGUUCCUGCUCCCAAGAAAGCUAAGGUAACCGAACUAAAUGACUAAUCGCCUCAUAGCACUCACUUCUGUCAUCACAAAGUGCUUUGAGACUAGUCAAGGAUCAUAACACCUCCACCCUACAUGAUACCCUAGACCCACUCCAAUUUGCUUACUGCCCCAAUAGGUCCACAGACGAUGCAAUCGCCAUCACAAUGCACACGGCCCUAUCCCAUCUGGACAAGAGGAAUAUCUUUGUAAGAAUGCUGUUCAUUGACUGCAGCUCAGCAUUCAACACCAUAGUACCCUCCAAACUUAUCAUUAAGUUUGAGACCCUGGGUCUCGACCCUGCCCUUUUCGACUGUGUCCUGGACUUUCUGAUGGGCCGCCCCCUGGUAGUGAAGGUAGGAAACAACAUCUCCACCCCGCUGAUCCUCAACACUGGGGUCCCACAAGGGUGUGUUCUCAGCCCUCUCCUGUACUCCCUGUUCACCCAUGACUGUGUGGCCAUGCACGCCUUCAACUCAAUCAUCAAUCAGACGACACUACAGUGGUAGGCUUGAUUACCAUCAAUGAUGUGACAGCCUACAGGGAGAAGGUGAGGGCCUUCGGAGUGUGGUGUCAGGAAAAUAACCUCACUCAACGUCAACAAAAGGAGAUGAUCAUUGACCUCAGGAAACAUCCACCUAUCCGCAUCGACGGGACAGUAGUGGAGAAGGUGGAAAGUUUUUUUUUUUUUAAGUUCCUCGACAUACACAUCAUGGACAAACCUGAAAUGAUCCACCCACACAGACAGUGUGGUGAAAAAGGUGCAACAGCACCUCUUCAACCUCAGGAGGCUGAAGAAAUGUGGCUUGUCACCUAAAACCCUCACAAACUUCUACAGAUUCACAAUCGAGAGCAUCUUGUUGGGCUGUAUCACAGCCUGGUACAGCAACGGCACCUCCCUCAACCGCAAGGCUCUUCAGAGGUUGGUGUGGUCUGCACAACGCAUCACCGGGGGCAAACUACCUGCUCUCCAGGACACCUGUAGCACCCAAUCUCACAGGAAGGCCAAAAAGAUCCUCAAGGACAACAACCACCCGAGCCACUGCCUGUUCAUCCAGAAGGCGAGGUCAGUACAGGAGCAUCAAAGCUGGGACCGAGAGAUUGAAAAACAGCUUCUAUCUCAAGGCCAUCGGACUGUUAAACAGCCAUCACUAACAUAGAGAGGCUGCUGCCAACAUACAGACUCAAAUCACUGGCCACUUUAACAAAUUGAUUUAAUAAUGGUAUCACUAGUCACUUUAAAUAAUGGCACUUUAAUAAUGUUUACAUAUCCUAUGUUACUCAUCUCAUAUGUAUAUACUGUAUUUUAUACCUUCUAUUGCAUUUAGCCUAUGCCGCACGGGCAUCGUGCAUCUAUAUUUAUAUGUACAUAUUCGUAUUCCAUCCCCUUACAUUGUGUGUAUAUAAGGUAGUCAUUGUGAAUUUGUUAGAUAUUACUGCACUGUCAGACUAGAAGCACAAGCAUUUCGCUACACUCAAAUUAUCUGCUAAAAAUGUGUGUGACCAAUUAGAUUUAUUUGGGAAGGGUAAUAAAAAUUGUCUGCAGCAGUUAAGUUCCCCAAGAACACAGUGGCCUCCAUCAUUCAUAAAAGGAAAAAGUUGGAACCACCACGACUCUUCCUAGACCUGGCCGCCCCCAGCCAAACGGAGCAAAAGGGCGAGAAGGGCCUUGGUCAGGAAGGUGACCAAUUAUCUCUCUGACAGAGUUCCAGAGUUCCUCUAUGGAGAUGGGAGAACCUUCCAGUAGGACAACCAUCUCUGCAGGACUCCACCAAUCAGGCCUUUAUGGCAGGGUGGCCAACCGGAAGCCACUCCUCAGUAAAAGGCAUAUAACAGCCUGCUUGGAGAUUGCCAAAAGGCACCUGAAGGACUCGCCGAUCAUGAGAAACAAGAUUCUCUGGUCUGAUAAAACGAAGAUUGAACUCUUUGUCCUGAAUGCCAAGCUUUACGUCUGGAGGAAACCUGGCACUAUCCCUACAGUGAAGCAUGGUGGCGGCAGCAUCAUGCUGUGGGGAUGUUCUUCAGAGGCAGAGACUGGUCAGGAUCGAGUGAAAGAUGAAAGAGAAAAGUACAGAGAGAUCCUUGAUGAAAACCUGCUCCAGAUUGCUCAGGACCUCGGACUGGGUCGAAGUUUGACCUUCCAACAGGACAACGACACUAAGCACACAGCCAAUACAAGACACGAGUGGCUUCAGAAUGUCCUUGAGUGGCCCAGCCAGAGUCUGAAUCAAACAUCUCUGGAGAGACCUGAAAAUAGCUGUGCUGCAACACUCCCCAUCCAACCUGACAGAGCUUGAGAGGAUCUGCAUGGAAGAAUGCGAGUAACUCCCCAAAUAUAGGUGUGCCAAGCUUGUAGUGUCAUACCAAAGAAGACGCAGGACAAUAAACUGGGUAAAGGGUCUGAAGUUGGUUUAAUACAUUUGCAAAAAUUCCUAAAAACCUGUUUUGCUUUGUCAUUAUGGGGUAUUGUGUGUAGAUUGAUGAUGGGGAAAAAACUAUUUAAUCCAUUGUAGAAUAAGGCUGUAAUGUAACAAAAUGUGGGAAAAAGUCAAGGGGUCUGAAUACUUUCCGAAUGCACUGUAUAUGUAUAUGGCAAUUCUCCAGCACUGAUGGGGGGGGGGGGGUAAUUUAUGUAAAUGCAGAACAGCAGGGGUCCAAGCUCACUCCCUUGUGGUACUCCAUUCACCACAAGUACCUGGGCUGAUUGCGUGGCUUGCAGUUUGGUGUACUGACUUCUCCCCUAAUAAGUAUGAUGUGAACCACUUGAUUGCAGUGCUGUCAAAGCCUAGUUUCUCAAGCUUCCUCAGGAACUUGUGUUGGUGGCCAGUGUCAAAAGCUUUCUUCAAAUCCAAGAAGAUUGCUACAAUGACUGCCUGACUGUUAUAAGCCAAUGUCAUGUCCUCCACAACCCUUUGCGCUGCUGUAGAUGUGCUGUGUAUCGUCCUAAAACCUCUUUGAUAGGCUGUAAAUAGGCUGUUGAGUGAGAAAUAGUUAGCAACCUGUGUGUGCACCAGCCUUUCCAACACUUUGGAGAUAGCGCAUAGAAUUGACACUGGAUGGUAGUUGGCCACAUCCGAUUUAUCCCGACUUGUAGAUUGGUGGUAAUAUAAGCCAUUUUCCAUUUACAUGGGAGCUCCCCUUUUGAGAUUGACAGAUUGAGGAUGAGUCAGCCGCCAUGGCAUUUCUCUUUAAAAAUUAAAACAAAAAAAACAUAUGCUAUUACUGCAAUAUGAAGGCAUUAGUUAUUUAUCGUAUUGGGAAGGAGCAUUUGUAUUCCUCCAAUAAUAUCAGGUAUUCAAGAAUUGAAAGCAUUCCAGCCUACACAUCAUGCAGUAUUAAAUGGAGCAAUGGCAUGCCAUGUUUUUUAAAGAACUCCUUGGUCAUUGUAAUGCUUACCAGUCUAAUGAUCUGAUAAAUGUGUUGAAAUUGAAUAAUAUAUCUAUUCUCAAUUCUUCUAUUUACUUUUUUUUACACUAACAUUUAGAUUUUUAUAUAUUUUUUCACAUUUUCAAAUGUGCCUUUAUUCAUUUGAAAAAUGAAAGUUGAGUGUGGGGGAGAUUAGCUUUGCCUACACUAUACAAUGAAGUGUUAAAUGAAUGUGGUCCUUGGAGACGAAGUCAAACAGAGAUAUUUUAUAUACACACACACACACACACACACACCAGAUAUCCCCAAAGCAAUGCCAUAUAGAAACUUACCAUGACAUUUUCUCUCUCAUGUAGAUGAAACUUCUGCACCCGAAUAUGAUAGCUAAUCCCUCAUCAAGUUGUGAAUAGGUAUUCUCUGGAGGGGGGAGAGUGCGUGAUACAAAUCCUAUUCCCCCUCCGGCAUGCGAUGAGACAAUACUGCCCCUACCCAGUAGGGCGAGGCAUCACAGGAAAGUAUCAGUUAUUUUCCUUCAUCAUAAUGCACUAAUACUCUGCUCGACUGCUACAUUUCUUUUGACAGCUUGAAAGCCUUUUGUUGUUCUGAUCCCCAACACCAUGGCUCGUCCUUCCUCAGCAGCUUGUGCAUAGGAGCCAAUAGUGUCGACAGAUUCGGUUGGAAACCUAUUGUAAUAGUUUAAUAGGCCCAGAUACAAUUUCAGUUCUGUGUCUGGUGGGCAUUGGUGCAUCCUCCACCGCCCUUACUUUCUCUGGCACUGGAUGCUGUCCAGUAGCGUCCACCCUGUGUCCUAGGAAUGUCACUUCCUUCUCCACGACGCUGCACUUUCUCCGUUUCCAGCGUAGCCCAGCCUCCUCCAGUCGCUGUAACACUCUGCACAGUGUUCGGAUGUGUUGCUGAUCAUUUCUUCCUGUCAGGAGAAUAUCAUUGAGAUACACUGGGUAAUCCCUUGUAGAGUCUCCUCCAUAGUGUGCUGGAAGAUAGUGGGACUGGAGCUGACGCCAAAGGGUAACGUGGCUUAGGUGAAUAGUCCCUUGUGUGUGUGUUCACUGUGACAUAUUUCUUUGAAUCUUCAUCUCGCACAAUCUGCUGGUAAGCAUGACUCCUGUCUAGUUUGAUGAAUUCUUCUUCUCCAGCUAAUGUUCUCCAAUUUAAUAAUGGGGUACUGUUCUAGUGAUAAUAACUCUGUUUACUGUUACUUUAUAGUUACCACACAAUCUCACUGUACCGUCUGGUUUUAACACUGGGACUAACGGUGCUGCCCAGUCUGAGAACUUCCCACGUUUCUGUCCUGUAUAUGUUUUCAGACUGAUAAAACAUGUACCUACAGUGCCUUGCGAAAGUAUUCGGCCCCCUUGCUGCACUGAAAGUAAAGGGGCUGAAUAAUUUUGCACGCCCAAUUUUUCAGUUUUUGAUUUGUUAAAAAGGUUUGAAAUAUCCAAUAAAUGUCGUUCCACUUCA